AUGUCAGAUCAAUUCCGAGCAAGUGAGGUUGGCAAUAUGUUCCCUCAGCAGCCCCAAUUUUCGGGAUUUAUGAAGCCAUGUCGAUUCGAAGGAGAGAUCCAGAAUCUCGAGGUAUGGGGCGAGAUACCUUCUGACAUAGAUGGAACAUUCUACCGGGUUAUGCCAGACCCGCAAUUCCCGCCCUUCGUCGAGAACGAUCCGUGGUUCAGCGGAGAUGGCAAUAUCAGCGCUUUUCGGAUCAAAGGCGGACAUUGUCACUUUAAGCAGAGAUAUAUAGUGACGGAAAAGUUUGCUAGGGAACGAGAGGCCCGACGUGCCUUAAUUGGUAAACAUUAUCGUAACAAGUACACUGAUGCCGUUGAAUUCAAGGUGCGAAGCACUGCAAAUACUAACGUUGUCUUCUUUAACGGCCGUCUCUUGGCAUGCAAAGAAGAUUCUCCUCCUUAUUCACUGAAUCCAGUGACGCUCGAGACUAUUGGCUUAGAAUCAUUCGAUGGGCAGUUGCCUUGCUUAACCUUCACUGCGCAUCCGAAACUCGACGAUGAGACUAACGAGCUAAUAUGCUUUGGGUACGAAGCGAAGGGCGACGGCACUCCCGACGUCUGCUAUUUUACAAUCGAUGCCAGGGGCAAAUUUACGCAAACAGUAUGGCUUGUUGCUCCUGUGGUUGCUAUGAUACAUGACUUUGCCUUUACGAAGAACUGGGUAUUGUUCCCAAUCAUUCCGCAGACCUGUGAGCUUGAACGCAUGAAGCAAGGCGGCGAACAUUGGCAGUGGGAUCCGAAUAUCCCAUUCUAUCUAGGCGUCUUACCUCGCCAUGGCGCGUUGGGAUCUGAUGUGAAGUGGUUUCGCGCUCCAAAUGCCUUCCCCGGACAUACUGUCAACGCAUAUGAGGACAGUUCUGGAAAUAUCGUUUUUGACCUUCCCUUGACCAACAAAAAUGUCUUUUUCUGGUGGCCCGAUGCCAGCGGCAACGCACCUCGGCCCGAGCAGAUUGCCGCAGAACUCGUUCGUUUCACUUUUGACCCAAAGUCCACGGCCCUUGAUCUACCGAAACCUGUGGUCAUUAGUCACGAAGACUGUGAGUUUCCGCGUAUCGAUGAUCGUUCCUUUGGUAAGAUACAUCGCCAUGCCUUCAUGGAUAUUAUGGACCCGAGUCUGGGAACCGAUUUCGCAACGAUUGCGCCGGUAAUGGGAGGGGGCUACCCACCAUAUAAUUCCAUUGGGCAUCUUGACUACGAUACAAUGCGCAUGGAAAAGUACUUCCCCGGCCGGACUCACCUCGUUCAAGAACCUGUUUUCAUUGCGAGGCAAAGCGCAGGUGAGGGCGAUGGCUGGAUUCUAGCGCUAGUCAACAAUUACUCGACUAUGUCGAGCGAGCUACAUAUCGUGAACACUAGAAAGUUUGAAAAGGCACAAGCUAUUAUACAUCUACCUUUUCGCUUGAGGGCUGGAUUGCACGGCAAUUGGGUCAAUGGUCAAGAUGUCCGAUUUUCAUAG